GCCUUGUCGUCUACUUGCAUCAUCCAGCUGCACAACCUUGCAGCGCUCGUCCAAGUGCGUGGCCCAGCGACGUCUACCGCGGCAGUCUGAAGCGAGGACUCAAGCUCGAUAUUUCGCAAAUCGAUAUCCUUCAAGGCGAAUGGAGACGAUGAUAUCGUGCAUUGGACUGCUUCCGAGGCCAACAUUGGCUCGAGACGGUCAUGCAGAUUGACGAUGGCGGCGACGAGCACGACUCGCGCGCACGGAAGCGUAGAAGAGGCCCACAAGCUUGCGCCGGGUGUAGACAGCGGAAAGUCCGGUCGGUUUGCAGAGACCGCCAUAAUCGUUGUGCUCUGCUGAACAGAACGGUAGAUGUGAUGGAGACGGGAUGAAUCCUUGCGCCAACUGCGCUGCAUCGAACUCCCAGUGCAUCUAUGGAUCCGAGCCAUUGACCAAGGGCAAGAGUGACGCUAUUCUCGAGACUGUCCUACGGCUCGAGGACCGUCUCUCUCAGAUCGGCGAGAUGCUGGAGUCUUCUUCAUCAGCACAGAACAAUUCGAGCGGCACCGAAAUCUUCUCUCCGGGUACCUCAGGCUCGAGGAACCGCCGACCAUCGACCGUCACGGGUGCUCGCCUGCUGGUACAAAACGCUCGAAGUCACCGCAACAGCCUCGACAAUGCUAUUAUAUCGUCUCAACAUGCCUCCACCACCGAAUCUGUGCUUGCGUGGAGCUACUUUGACGUCUUCCCGAGCCUCCGCACCAACUACCAGCACAUCUUCACCCUCGAGCAGCAACGGGCGCCGCUCGGUGCGGAACAGCUGAGCUCGCUUCCUCACAUGGACAAGGACGAGAUCAACCGUACUGUCACUUCAUUCCGGAUUGUGGUGAAUUUCGCCUACCCGACUGUAUCAGCACGGCAACUCGUCGAUGUGGAGCGGCGCAUGUCAAGGCGAGAUUUAGAACACAGUGUCGACUGUGCUCAUGCAUUAAUUACCAUGGCCUUGGGAUGUGCCGCUCGCGUCGUGGGAGUCUUCGGGAACGCAGAUAUCUCGUAUCUUCGCAAUAUCGCCGGGAGCUACCUCAACCUAUUUCUGCAACGUAUCCACAUUGUGCACAUGGAGGCUUCCACCACUGCAACACAAUGCCUCUUCCUAGCGGCGCUGUUCUUCGCAUACCUCCAGCGUCCACUGCAAGCCUGGUCCUACAUCAGUAUGGCUGCGACCAAAUGUCGUCUCCUGCUAUCUUACACUUCCGCAGAUACGGGUGCUGAUACCGAGUGCAUCCGUCGCAUCUUCUGGUCGUGCUACAUUCUGGAGAGCGACUACAUCGCGGAGCUCGCAGCACUACCACAGAGUGGAGUCGGCGAAAUUGAGUCUUCCAUCCCAUUUCCGGCGUUCUACGAGACCUCGACCAACGAGACGGAGCGAGACCAAUCGUCACUGUACUUUCUGGCCUGCGUUUCCAUGCGGCGACUUCUGAACAGAGUUCACGAUCUUCUCUACGCCCCAGACUCAGGUGUAGCGUUUGAUGAUGCUCGGUUCCCACACGUUGUCAAUGAGCUCGAUCACCAGCUCGAGGAGUGGAGGGCAUGCCUUCCACCAGCGUUUCAAUUCACCACUGAUGCUCAAGAGAUGACUUCAGGACACGGAGGGUUUCUGCGUCAGAGAUAUUUGACUUGUCGAGCAGUCAUCUAUCGACCAUUUCUAAACCAGUGCCUCACGAAGUCUGCUGCUGGAGAACUGGUCAGCGAGAUGGUGCUGGGGCAGAGCGAGAUAUGCUUGAGAAUGUGUCUAUUGCACAUUAUGAAUCUACGUCCGUACAAGCAGACUGUGCUUAUUGACACGUGGAUCUGCUCGCUCUCCAUGGCGAGCACAAUGCUCAUUCUCCUGGCCGCCAGUCGAAUCCCGGCUUUGAGAGAACGUCUUCCGCGUAGUGUGCGAGAAGCUGGAGCGCACUUGAAGGGUCUGAUUGAACCGUGGAUGAGCCUUCACUCGCAAGUCUCGCCGAGCGUUGCUCAGAGUCUGCGAAUGAUCAUAGAGGUAGACCACCUCAUACAGGCUGAAUUCCAGUAUCAUGACAGGAGACGAUGA